CAAGAGCGUACAGACAUCAACACGCAGCGACCAUUGGAGAGCGAGCGAGAGAGAGAGUAAAAACAGUGAAAACGGAACGCGAUUCACGAGAAGCAGCACAUAACACAAACAACUGCACAUGCAUCCAAAGUCAAUGUCGUAGACUUUGUCAGGACGACUGGACAGUAAAUAUUGCCAUUGAUAGCUCCAGAUACGAUAAAGAAGGGAGAGGGAUUGUUUGGAGUGAGGAGGGGGUCACCAGCUGGGGCCUGGUCCACACAACUUUGCCAAUACAACUGAAAGAUAAAGAAACGCGCACACACAAACAUAUAGAGAAGGAGAGCAAAAGUUUUCGGAGUCAUAAUUUCUUGCAACUGUAUUAUCAACAAAUUAGUUUAGUCUAGUUUUUGUCUGUUUUUCAUUAACUAGUCAAAACGACUGUAGAUGACACAUCAGUAUCAAACUCUGCAGUUAUUGCAGUCACACAGGUAUUAAUAAUUUUUGGGGUUUCAUUUAUGUUUUUGGAUUCUGUUUGUUUGUUUUCAACGGCUGUGAACAAGAGAUCUCUUGACCUGUAGGAUUUUUGCUCUCCUGCACACGCCCUGAAUUAAGGCAGCUAUAUCCUUCAUAUAUCUUAAGCUGGAAAUUCUGAAACGCGCACACAUACACACAAACAUACACACAUUUUGCCCCUCUCAUCCAAACCUGGUCCAGCCUGAUCUUGCCUGCGCUGCUCCCCUGGACAGGACUUUCACCUCUGAGAAGGAAGGAAGAAUAUGACUGCUGAAACUCUUAACUUUGGCCCAGAAUGGCUCCGUGCACUUUCCAGUGGAGGCAGUGUGUCUUCCCCUCCUGCCUCUCCUGCUAUGCCAAAGUACAAGCUGGCAGAGUACCGUUAUGGCCGAGAGGAGAUGCUAGCACUUUAUAUCAAAGACAACAAGUGUGUGUGUGUGUGUGUGUGUGUGUGUGUGUGUUUUCAGGUCCCUGAAGAAAUGCAGGAUAAGGAGUUUGCUGCUAUUCUGCAGGAUGAGUCUCAACAGCCGCUGGCACUGUUGCCUGUCACUGAAGAGGAGCAGAGGAAUUUUUCCAUGUCUGUCAACAGUGUGGCAGUGCUGAGGCUUAUGGGUAAAGGGGGUGGGGCUGUCCCGGCUGGGGUGAACCGAGGCAGAGGCAGUGUGCGAGGCGGUCGGGGGCGAGGAAGAGGAGAGGGAGGAUUCUACCAAAGAAGCAGCGAGGAAGGAGAGGGUGGGUUUGGUCAUAGUGUUCGAGAGAUCCAUCGUAGCCAGAGCUGGGAUGACAGAGGUGAGAGGCGUUUUGAGAAACCACCAAGGAGGGAUGGGGUGCGGCUAGGUUUUGAGGAAACGUGCCCUACUGUGAGAAAGGAGUUCAUGCGCUCUGACAGUGACAAUUGGCGUACACUGAGAGAGGAGCAGGAGGAGGAGGACACUGGAGAGGCUGGAGGCAGCUGGAGACUCACUGGCUUACGAAAAGAUGGUACAGACGGUGCGCCUCGCUCAGCUGGUUGGCGGGAACUUGGUGCUCCGGCUGAAGUUCGCCGCAGAAAAUUUGACUUUGAAUUCCGGGAUGGAGGGAAUGAAGGAGGCAAAAGAAGAGCAGGAAGUGAAGGAGCAGAGGAGGAGAGAGAUGGUCUGCCAGAGUGGUGCACAGAUGAGGAAGAUGGAGAAAUGGGAACCUUUGAUUCCUCUGGAGCAUUUAUGUCCAUCAAGAAGGGCCCAAAAGACCCCAUUCCAGAAGAAGACUUUGAGUUCCAGGGAUUGGAGGAUGAGGAAGAGGAUGACAUUAAUCAAGAGAAGAAUGGCAGUGGUGCAGAAAAAAGCGAGAAAGAUGAGAUAGAAUCUGUGUCUGAAACUGAAGUGAAGCUCAUCUCUUUUUCCCCUCCACCCUCUCUCCCUCCUCCUCUUCCUGCACCUGUCCCUGAGUUUUUGCCUUCUGCUGCCCCUUCUGGCCUGGAGUAUCCUCAGCCUUUCCCCUCCAUUCCCAACAAACUACCAAGUGAAGUGUUAUCAGAGGCCAUGUUAGAUUUGAGCCCCAGUGCCUCCUCCAGUCUACCUUCAUCACCUCACUCUUCCUCUGCUGCUACUGACCUCCCACCAAUGGGGGGCGACAUUGAGGAUGAUGAGGGCAUGAAGCACCUGCAACAGGAGGCAGAGAAGAUGGUGGCAGCGCUCCAGGACACCUCUCUAGAGGAAGAGUGUUUCACUCAGACUCUUCAGGAGAGCAGAAACACAGCCUCUGCUCUUCCUCUCUCCCAUGACUCCGCCAUGAAGUGGUUUUACAAAGACCCGCAAGGAGAGAUUCAGGGUCCAUUCAGUACAGUGGAAAUGUGUGAAUGGUUUCAGGCAGGGUAUUUCACCAUGAACCUGCUUGUGAAGCGUGGUUGUGAUGAGGGAUUUCAGCCACUGGGGGAAGUCAUUAAGAUGUGGGGGCGUGUGCCAUUUGCCCCUGGUCCCUCCCCUCCGCCCCUCCUGGUGAGGAAUCAAGCCCUCCUUCGCCCUCAACCACCCCGGGGGGCAAUCGGUAAUAUGGAUCAGGAGAGGUUGAAGAAGCAGCAGGAAUUAGCUGCUGCUUCAGCUCUUUACCAGCAACUCCAGCAACAGCAGCUGUUCCAGCUCAUCAACAGAUGUGGAGAGCAGAGUGGAAUGCCUUCAAUUAACAGGUCGAUGUCAGUGCCAGAUACAGGGUCCUUGUGGGACAUGCAUACCUCAGCCUCACAGCCAGCAGGCGGUGAGGCCAGUCUAUGGGACUUAAUGAAUUGUUCAUCUCAGGGUCCAAUUCUUGAACAGCUUCAGAAGCUACAUGAGAGAAGAGAAGCUGAACUCAGGGCCAAGCGUGAGGAAGAGGAAAGGAAACGGAGGGAUGAAAAAAGGCGAGAAGAGCAAAAAAGGAGGGAGGAAGAGGAGCUUUACAGGCGCAAGCAGCAGCAAGAGUUGCUGAUGAAAUUGCUCCAGCAGGUUCCGCGUCAGGGGUCGUCAGGCUCUGGGUCCAGCUGGAGUGGAGGACCCAUCCCUGGGCUGGGGAAGCAGACCAAGCCCCUCAACCUCCUAGAUGUCCAGCAGGAGGCCGAGAGAAUGCACAAACAACAGCACAGAGUCCAGCAACAGCAGAGGUGGGGUGAUACUUCUGCAAUGUGGGGAGCCGGAUCUUUGGAUGGAAAGGUGGGUGGCGGUGGCAGUCCUUCAGGAGGAGGAAUAGGCGUCUGGGACGAGGCCCUCAAGAACCAGAGUGCUCUCCGAAACAACAUGGGGCUGAAGAAUAGCCGCAGCAGUCCCUCACUGAGUGAGCAGUACAUGAUGAGGGGCCGUAAGCGCACUGACGAAGAGGAUCGGCUGUUGAAGCUCCUGCAGGGGAUGAAGUCUCAGGAUGGCUUCACUACCUGGUGUGAACAGAUGCUGCAUGCACUCAACACCUCUGCCAAUAACUCCUCCUCUUCCCAGGAUGUGCCCACCAUUGUGGCAUACCUGAAGGAGGUGGAGUCUCCGUAUGAGGUGUUGAACUUUAUCUGCUCUUACCUGGGUGACACUGUUGAAGCCAAAGAGUUCGCCAGGCAGUUCCUGGAGCGCCGUGCCAAACAGAAAGCUAACCACCAGAGACAGCAGCAGCAGCUGUCCAAAGAGAUGGCUGGACUAACUAUGAACAGCUUUCCUCUGCAGGACACUGUACGAGGAAUGAACCCCAGUGCCCUGCAGUCUAUGUUUCAGGCAGUGCAUUCUGGAAAAGGGGGUGUGGUGUAUGAUCAGGCAGGAAAGCUGAAGAAAAAACAACCCACAAUGCUACACUCUGACCCAAGCAUCUUAGGGUACUCAUUCCAUGGUGGCCCUGAUCGGUAUGGUCUAAACGAGAUGGAGAUUGUCGAGGAUUACUGAAUCCACAGCAAUAGCAACACGAGGCCUUUAAAUCCACGGGUCCACCUAAUCAGACCCUGCAAAUCGAAUGUGCACUGCAUUGAAGGGGAGGGUUUUGGGGAUAAGCCAGGAGUAAGGUAUCAGU